AAAAAGAAAAGAAAGGAAACAUGAGUGCGAGAGGGAGUGUAGCAGUAGUAGUACACUCAUCAUGUGAGUGAGCUGCUGACACAAGCCCCCACCCCACUCACUCAUUCAAACAACUUUACUCUUUCUUCUUCUUCUUUGUUCGUCUUUAGCCAAAACUACCUACCCACUGAUCCUUUGAAUUUCAAAUCCACCAAUUUCAAUUCCAAUCAAGUAAGAAAGAAAUAAUAAUAAGAAGAAUAAAAAGUACGAGUACUUAGGAGUAAUAAUAAUGUAUUGUGUAUUGUAACUUAUAAUAAUAAUAGUAAUUGAUAGAUAGAUUGAUUCGCAGCUGCUGAUUUAAUUAUCAUCGACAGGCGCGGUGGUUUGAAAAUGGCAGUCAAAUCAAUUCUUAUUCAGCUGCUGCUGCUGCUUCAAGUCACAAUUUAUCUGUUUGGAGGAGGUGGUUGUUAUACAGAAGAAGGAAAUAAUAAUAAGAGGAGGAGGAGGACAUUCAUAGUGAGAGUGGAACAGGAUGCAAAGCCAUCAGUUUUUCCAACUCAUACCCACUGGUACCAUUCCACUCUUUCUUCCCUUUCUUCUGAUGAUGCACAACGACAGGGGGCUUCCAUCAUUCAUACCUACCACACCGUUUCGCAUGGCUUCUCCGCGAAGCUCACACCUCUUGAAGCUUCCAAACUCCAAUCUUGUGCCGGGGUCCUCUCCGUUAUCCCCGAACAGGUUCGUCACCUGCACACCACUCGAUCCCCCCAAUUCCUUGGCCUUCAUACCUCCACCACUGCCGCUGGUGCUGGUGGUCUCCUCAAAGAGUCCGAUUUCGGCUCCGAUCUUGUAAUUGGCGUUCUGGACACCGGCAUCUGGCCCGAAAGACAGAGUUUCAACGACAAGGGUUUAGGCCCCGUGCCCUCCAAAUGGAAGGGCUCCUGUGUUGCUUCCCAUACUUUCCCGGCCUCUUCUUGCAACCGCAAGCUCAUCGGAGCUAAACACUUCUCCGCCGGUUACGAAUCCACCAACGGAAUCAUCAACCAAACCCUCGAACAUCGUUCCCCUAGGGAUUCCGAUGGACACGGUACCCACACCGCUUCUAUCGCCGCCGGCAGGUACGUUUUCCCGGCCUCCACUCUUGGCUACGCACGCGGCGUCGCCGCCGGCAUGGCGCCUAAAGCCCGUCUUGCCGCUUACAAGGUUUGCUGGAACGCCGGUUGUUUUGACUCCGAUAUCCUUGCCGCCUUUGACGCCGCCGUGUCCGACGGCGUCGACGUCAUAUCCCUCAGUGUGGGCGGGGUGGUUGUGCCCUACUAUCUGGAUGCCAUCGCCAUAGGUGCUUACGGUGCUUCCGAUCAAGGUGUUUUCGUGUCCGCUUCUGCCGGUAAUGGGGGCCCCGGUGGACUGACCGUGACGAACGUAGCCCCUUGGGUCACAACUGUCGGUGCCGGAGCGAUUGACCGUGAUUUUCCGGCCGAUGUAAAGCUCGGAAACGGUAAGUUGAUCCCUGGUGUGAGUGUGUAUGGUGGGCCCGGGUUGGCCCAUGACCGUCUGUAUCCUCUGAUAUACGCGGGCGGGAACCAAGGGGGUGACGGUUAUUCGGCAUCCUUAUGCCUGGAAGGUUCGUUGGAUCCCAAGUCAGUCAAGGGGAAAAUAGUGUUAUGUGAUAGAGGUAUCAAUUCAAGAGCCACGAAAGGGGAAGUGGUUAAGAAAGCAGGUGGAAUCGGUAUGAUAUUAGCAAAUGGGGUUUUCGACGGCGAGGGAUUGGUCGCCGAUUGCCACGUCCUACCCGGAACCUCGGUUGGGGCAGCUUCUGGGGACGAGAUAAGAAGAUACAUCAUGUCUUCUUCAAGAUCUAAAUCGAAUAUCCCAACGGCCACCAUCAUUUUCAAAGGAACUAGAAUAAAUGUCCGCCCUGCACCUGUGGUCGCCUCAUUUUCUGCCCGUGGCCCGAACCCCGAGUCACCAGAAAUUUUGAAGCCAGACCUUAUCGCUCCCGGGCUUAACAUUCUUGCGGCAUGGCCUGAUAAACUUGGUCCAUCGGGUCUUGCUUCUGAUAACCGAAAAACCGAGUUUAAUAUAUUGUCAGGAACAUCAAUGGCUUGCCCACAUGUUUCUGGAUUGGCCGCUUUGUUAAAAGCAGCCCAUCCUGAAUGGAGUCCGGCUGCGAUUAAAUCGGCGUUGAUGACGACAGCUUACACUUUAGAUAACCGAGGGGAAACUAUGAUUGACGAGUCCACCGGGAACUCGUCUACCGUGAUGGAUUUUGGGGCAGGGCAUGUUCACCCACAAAAAGCCAUGGAUCCUGGAUUGGUGUAUGACAUCAGUUCUUAUGAUUAUGUUGAUUUCUUGUGUAACUCAAAUUACACGGCCAAAAACAUCCAAGUCAUCACCAGGAAGCAUGCGGAUUGUAGCCGGGCCAAAAAGGCAGGGCAUACCGGCAACUUGAAUGUUCCUUCGAUGACUGCCGUGUUCCAACAAUACGGGAAGCGGAAAAUGUCUACACACUUUAUACGAACAGUGACUAACGUGGGUGAAGCAAAGUCGGUUUACAGUGUGAGCAUAAGGCCACCAAGAGGGAUGAACGUGACGGUAGAGCCAAUGAAGCUUGCGUUUAGAAGGGUGGGGCAAAAGCUCAACUUUUUGGUGAGGGUCAAAGUGGUAGCAGUUAAGCUAUCACCAGGGAGUUCAAUCACGAAAAGUGGUUCAAUAGUGUGGUCAGACGGGAAGCACUUUGUUAGAAGUCCGGUCGUCGUGACAAUGCAAGAACCUCUGUAAAGAGUGUUUGGUUUUGAGUACUUUUAAUGAGGUUGUUGGUAGUGUAAGCAACUAGUGUGAGGAAGCUGCUUGCUAUUUCAGAAAGCAAGCAGCAUGGAAGAAUCUGUUUUGUAAAAAUGUCAUGUUGUAGUAACAUAAGAAGCCAAGUGAGUAGUAGUAUUUACACUAGUUUGUUUUGUGAAACCUCCUUGGUGGUGAGAUUUUGAUCAUCUUUGUUGUUGUGUUUUCUUUCUUAUUCAACCAAACAAUCUCAUCGAGUUUAAAGUUGUACACAUUUGUGGAGUUUGGUUGUGUUGUAAGACUAAAGCAUUAUGUCUCGAGUGUAUUAUGUAUCAAA